AUGACGUCACCUCCAGCGCUCGAACGCAUCUCCCCUCAGCCCACUUCUAAACGUCAUAUGUCUUUCAACUACUCCCAGCGGUAUCCCGAACCGCUGAAGCACACCCAGCAAGCAGCCACCAAUCUUGACCAGGAUGUCAAUGCUUCUCGAGCUCAGCGCUACCAGGAAAAGCAACCCGAAGUAAAGCAAUACCUUGUCGAUGUGCUUGGAAGCCAAUUGUUCGACCACAAGUUCGGCGACCCCCAGCUUAAAUCUACAGACUUGAUGGACGUGCUUCACGACGGCGAAGUGUUGUGUAAGCUUGGCCAGAAAGUGUCGGUGCUGGCCAAUCCUACGACCAAGUUCCGCAGCUCGAAGAUGCCGUUUGUGCAAAUGGAGAACAUUCUGUUCUUCCUCUCCCUUUGCGAAGCGAUCGGUGUACCUCACGAUGAGAUAUUUGUCACUGUUGAUAUGUACGAGCUGAAGGACCCUUAUCAGGUGAUCUUGACGUUGAUGUCGUUCUCCCGCCAGGCGCAGGCGCAUGAUCCGGCGACGUUUACGGCGAUGAUUGGUCCCAAGGUGGCCAAGGCCAGACCUCAGAUCCCCACUAAACCCCACCGACUUAAAAACUAA